AUGUCAAGAUCAGGUGUUGUUGUUGCAGACGAAUCCUUAAAAGCCUUCAAUGAAUUGAAGUUGGGUAAAAAAUACAAAUUCAUUUUAUUUGAAUUAAACCCAUCAAAGACUGAAAUUGUUGUUAAAGAAACUUCAACUUCAACAGAUUAUGAUGAAUUUUUAUCAAAAUUACCAGAAAAUGAUAGUUUAUAUGCUGUUUACGAUUUUGAAUAUGAAAUAAGCGGUGAAGGUAAAAGAUCAAAGAUCAUUUUCUUUGCUUGGUCUCCAGAUACUGCACCAAUUAGAUCUAAAAUGGUUUACGCUUCAUCAAAAGAUGCGUUAAGAAAAGCUUUGAACGGUGUUGCUAGUGAUAUCCAAGGUACUGAUUACAGUGAAGUCUCCUAUGAAACCAUCUUGAAGAAAGUCAGCAGUGCUGUAUAA